UGUGUUGCGCCGAUGCCGAAACGACCGUGUGCCCCGUUGUUUGCCUUUGUAGGGCUUUCCUCCGCUUUUGACGCGGUAACAGCGGAGAUCGGAGAUCUGCUGAAUGCGGUAUUUAAUCGGGGGGCUGGUGACAGAAAUUAUGUCUACAAACAAGAUACAUCGAUUAGUAUUGUCCACAAGAGGCUGACAUACCUUGUAACGAGUGAGAUAUGGUUUCAACAAGACGCGGCACCUCCUCACUUUGCCAUUGCUGUUCGACAAUUUCUGGCUGCAACUUUUUCUAACAAAUGGUGGCCACCCGAUGUAACCUCAUUAUAUGUUUUUAAUAGGGAUAUUUAAAAUCCCAACUUGAUGUGAAUAGACCAAAUAAUAUUGAUGAUUUAAAGCCAAGAAUUUAACAGUAUAAAAAACCUGUAUAAAAAAACUAUAUACAUAAAUGAUUGUGUAGAAAUGAUUAUGUUUAAAAUUAUCUUAAUGGCGGUCAC